UACUAAAAUAUCCCUCCAUUACUCUCACGGUGCCUCGCAUCCCAAACUCCUCUUCCUCUUCCUCUUCUUCGUUUCCGAUUCCAGCUUCUGUUUCGCCGUCACGGAAAUUCCGAUUGCGGCGCCGUUCCGGAUUGCUCACUCCAGCCCGCAAAUGGUCAUCAUCAUCGGCAGCAGCUUCUCGAAGAAUUCAUGAUCCUUCAGCGAUGGGUCCGAUCUCCAAUGAUACGUCGCAUAAGAGGUUCUUCAGCAUCGCGCCACGGGCGGCACUGAUCUUUUUCGUGCUAAUAUUCGUCGCAGGCGCAAUAUUCACGCUUGAUCACAAGGAGAACUUGUCGAUAUUGCAGUUGCAACGGAAAGAAGUGUUUGCAACUGAGGAGAUCAGACCUCCAGCGACGAGCGAGUUGCAUGCUGAACCAACAGAGGAACCCAACAUCUGUGAGAACCAAUGCAGACCUUCAGGCAGCGAGGCCUUGCCAAGGGGCAUCGUGCAGGACAUGUCAAACUUCGAGAUGGAAUCCCUGGGUGGCAACCCUGACCGGAGGAAAGACCGCAGGCUGUCGAAAAGCCUCCUCGCCAUCCCCGUCGGCAUCAAGCAGAAGUCCGUCGUCGACAAGCUUGUCUCCAAGUUCCCAGCUGCCAACUUCAUUGUGAUGCUGUUCCACUACGACGGCAUGGUCGACGGUUGGCGAGACCUCAAGUGGUCCGACCGCGCCAUCCACGUCGCCGUGCGCGACCAGACCAAGUGGUGGUUCGCCAAGAGGUUCCUGCACCCGGACCUGGUGGCAGAGUACGAGUACAUCUUCCUCUGGGACGAGGACAUCGAGGUGGACAGCUUCGACCCGCUCAAGUACCUGAGCAUCGUGAGGAGGGAAGGGCUCGAGAUCUCGCAGCCGGCGCUCGACCGCCGGUCGCUGAUCCACCACCGGCUCACGGCGCGCGCCCGCAAGGGCGACGUCCACCGGCGGUUCUACAAGACGAACGGGCACGGCCGGUGCUACGGCAACAGCACGGGGCCGCCGUGCACGGGGUGGGUGGAGAUGAUGGUGCCCGUGUUCUCGCGCGCGGCGUGGCGGUGCGCGUGGCAGAUGAUCCAGAACGACCUCAUCUACGCGUGGGGGAUGGACUACAAGCUCGGGUACUGCGCGCAGGGCGACCGGUGGCGCAACGUCGGCGUCGUCGACAGCCAGUACGUGCUCCACCGGGGCAUCCCCACGCUCGGCGACGGCGGCAAGGCGACGGUGACCGCGUCCACGUCGACGUCGUCAGCGACAGACCGGCUGGCGGUGAGGCAGAGGUCCUACACCGAGCUGCAGGUGUUCAACAGGAGGUGGAAGGAGGCCGUGGCGGAGGACGGGUGCUGGACCGACCCUUACCCGAAUCCCGCAACCAAAGGCUGAGUGGCUGACCGUCCGACGGGAACGAGAUAGCUUAAGCAGGGAGGUACAGUAGUCAGUAGCUGUUACAUUGACGUUGCCUAGAUGAUAGAUUAUACACACCAUAUUUACAGGUUCAGAGAGCUCAGAGCAGGGCUCGUAUAUGAUGUACAGAUUGUUUUUUUUCCCUCUCUGAUCUCCAAGGGAAUAAGCAAGCGUGAAUAAAAAAAAGAUUAUGUGAUUUUUUCCCCUUA